CGAUGAUUAUUGUCGUUCCCUGCAUAGCCCGGGAUGAUUGGGCCACAGACAUCCCGUCAUUGGCGCAUCGGUGUUCCAAGCCUCUGUCCGAUGUUGUGCUUCCAUUGGGGUGUCGAAGCGGCGUUGUUCUGCGGUCAGAAUGUUGAAACGUUCAACGGUGGCCCACACUGCCAUCGUUCGCAUGCGUCGAGCACCGCCGCCGCUUUCUCAGUGGUUUACGCGUCUGUGAAAUCUGGCCAUACCGCCACUGAUGCGGAAGAACGGCCUGUGCGCGGAGCAGAUGGUGUCCGCGAAAUUUGACCACAGUAUGGCUGUUUGCAUACUUGCCUGAUACAGGUACUGUAAGCCACCGUCGCGUAUCCAUUCUCUCCGGGUCGUGCGACGUCUCCAGCGUCGCCAGGAGAGAUAUACCCAUAACUG